AUGACCCAACAAACACUUAUUUAUUACCUAUCGGAACACCCCACCAUAGUCAAAUUCAGGUGGAGCCACACCGAAUCAUGGGGCUCCACCUGGUCUUUCCUCUUCACCUCCAUCUCCGCCUAUCUCCUCCUUGCACUCCUCCUCCACCUCCUCCUGUACUACCGCCGUCGCCCUGUACCUCUCGGCCCAAUCCCCGCUCUACACUCGCUUUUCAUGGCCCUCAUCUCCCUCACAAUCUUCACCGGAAUUCUUUUCUCAGCGGCGGCGGAGAUCCGUGACACUCGGUGGUUCUGGCGACGGACCAAGACCACGCCUUUUCAAUGGUUUCUGUGUUUUCCGUUAGGUACGCGUCCGUCGGGUCGGGUCUUUUUUUGGUCGUAUAUCUUUUACUUGACCCGUUUCCUCCAUACUUUCCGAACAUUCUUCGCCAUUCUCCGCCGCCGGAACCUCUCAUUUUUCCGCCUGUUCAACCACUCAAUCCUCAUCCUCAUGUCGUUUCUAUGGCUUGAAUUCUCCCAAUCGUUUCAAAUCCUUGGAAUUUUGUUAACAACCUCUAUUUACUCCGUCGUGUACGGGUACCGAUUCUGGACGGCGAUUGGCCUCCGGAGCGCUUGUUUCCCGUUCGUCAUCAAUUGUCAGAUGGUUCUGCUUGCUUGCAACAUCGUCUGCCAUGUCGGAGUUCUUCUUCUCCACUUGAAUAAAGGUGGGUGCAAUGGAAUCGGCGCAUGGGGGAUUAAUUCGGUGCUCAACGUCGCAAUUUUGCUACUUUUCUUGAAUUUCUAUGUCAACAGUCAUCUGAAGCAGCGGAGGAAGAAGGCGGCGUUGUCGCCGGACCACCGUGAUGACGUCGAUGGAAAAGCGAAUACAGUUUCUGCUGCCAGGGAAACCAAUCGAAUUGGUCGUAGCGACUAUAAAGACAAAAAUAUUUGA